CGUUUCGUGCAGUCCGCGGCCGACUAUCGCGUACUCCGAAACGAUAUGCGCUCCCGCCAUGGGCAGCAAUUGUUGCAAGGGUGAUGCAGCUGGCAAACCCGUCGUGCGGUCGAACUCUUCUAUAUACACCAGGAGUCGUGCGGGAGCGACACUAGACGACCGCUUCAAGACGUCAGUAGACGCGGGCGGCGUGCGCUUGACCGUCUCCGCUGCUCGCACGGGUGACAGCGGCGUGUACACCCUACAAGCAAGCAAUGCUGCUGGUAAGGACUCGACCCGGGUCACACUGGAGGUAUCCCCGGACGAAAUGCCGACGGGAGACGACCCGCCGACCUUCUUGCGGCGGCUGCAGGACCUGACCGUGAAGGUUGGCACCAGGACUAGGUUCCUUGUUGAGAUCGUCAGCUCUACUGAAUGCAAGGUAACAUGGUACCGCAACGAGCGUCGUCUGCUGGAGGCUGAGCGGAUCGCGCUGGUCCGCGACGGCAACUUCUGGUGCGCGGACGUGGCGACAGUCAGCGCUGAUGACGCGGGGCGGUGGACCUGCACUGCGGAGAACCUGGGCGGACGGGCUAGUUGCUCCGCGCAUCUUAACGUCUUAGUUCCCAAAGCCUACAAACGGCCAGAGUUUGUUGAAGAACUUCGCGCCAUUUUGACGGAGCAGGGAACAGUGUCGCUGGAGUGCAAAGUCGUGGGGGUUCCCACACCCGUGCUCAGGUGGUUUAAGGACAGCUGUGAAAUAAAAGCUGGUGAUGUGUUUGCGCUAACAGCAAACGCAGACGAUCCAACAUCCCUGGGUACAUACACUUGUGAGGCGGUCAACUGUAUGGGAAGAGCGUAUUCCUCCUCUAAAGUACAUGUUAUUGGUCGUACUAAGGAGGGAUCUACUCCGAGUCCAGGCGGUGUCACACCAGACCCACCUCCGAUCUUCACGAAGGAGUUAGAAGACCAAUUUGUGAGGAUUUGCGAUCCGUUAAAUCUGAGCUGUCACAUUGUAGUCCCUCCGUGGCCGAGAAGCGUGGUGUGGUACAAUAAAGAGGGCAAAAUUGAGGGUAGUAUGAAGUACCACAUCCAAGAAGACGGUGUGGGUGGAUAUCUCCUAGAAGUGUCAGGGGCAGAAUGGGCAGAUGAGGGCGAGUGGAAGUGCGUGGCAACCAGCGCCGGGGGCAGAGUAGGCAUUUCCACCUGCAACGUCACUAUGGACGUGCCUAAGAACUACAGAAAGCCGCGUUUCAUGGAAAAUCUUCAAGCUGUGUUAACAGAAGAGGGUCUGGUUUCGUUCGAAUGCAAAGUCGUCGGCUUUCCAACACCAGUACUUAGUUGGUUUAAAGAUGGGCAAGAGUUGAAACCAGGAGACGUGUACCAACUCACGGGAACCAACUCUUUGGGCUCCUACUGUUGUAUAGCAAAGAACUGUAUGGGUCAAGCUAGCAGUUCCGCAGAACUUACCGUCGAAGACAUACAGAAUCAAUUAAACGAAGAAGAGAAACUGCAAUUGUUCUCUAAGAACCAAGCACCUAAAUUCUUACAGGGAUUAAAGAGUGUUGAAGUGAAAAUAGAUGAGCCAUUCCGCUUUACAAUCAAAGUUGCCAUUCCGCCUGAACCUACAGUAUUAUGGUAUCGAGACGAUCAACCUGUGGACGAAUCGCCUCGUUGCCAUCUCGGUAAAGAAGACCGAGGUGUAUUUUACUUAGAUAUAAAAAAUUUAGAACUAAUGGACCAAACCGAGUGGAAAUGUGUUGCCAUGAACGAUUUUGGACAUAGUGUUACUUCGUGCUUCUUAAAAUUAAUUAUACCCAGACAUUUCAAAAAGCCACGGUUUCUGGAAAAUCUACAAGCUAUUUUAUCAGAUGAGGGGGCCGUCAAUUUAGAAUGUAAAGUGAUCGGCGUUCCGCAACCUGUAUUAAAGUGGUAUAAGGACGGCGAAGAACUUAAGCCCGGUGAUAUACAUAGAAUAAUAUCAGGACAAGAUGGCACAUGUUGCCUAGGUACUUAUACCUGCGAAGCUCAAAAUUGUAUGGGAAUUGCUGCCAGUUCUGCAUCCCUUCUAGGUUUUGAGGAUACUGUUAAAGCAAAAAAUAAAAAGAAAGUGGAAGAACAAACUUUACAACGAAAUCUAUCUCUCAGUACAAUUCAUGAAGAAAGAACUUCACAAAUGUAUGAUACACCUGUCGGCGAUAUUACGUUGGAUGAUAAGGGAGAAAUAUCAUUUUCAUUUGAUGGAAAAGAAGUAUCAGUUUCGUUAUAUGAAACGCCUGAUUUGACCGAGGAAGAAGCAUUGCAAAUAGUUGAAAUGUAUGCAGACCAGCUUUCGGAGAAUGUUACGGAACAUAAUGUUGUAGAACUUCCUCCUUUAAGAUUUGUUAAAGAAACUUCGACAUCUGGCAAUCUUUUAAUGGAAGCCAUUAUUAUAGACGUAUCACCUGACUAUUUCGUUGCUCCAGAAGAAGAUUUGAGAACUGAAGCAGAUAUAGAAGAUAUAUCUAUAGCUGAAGAAAACGGUCAUGCUCAGUUAUCAUUUGACCAAGAAGUAGGUGAAGAUUAUUUAGAAAAAACAAUGGCAAUGCUCUCAGAAGAAAAGUCUGAUAUACCUGCUAGAGUACCCAGAAGAAAGUCUGACUCACAAAAAAGCGCCGAUGAUUAUUUCAGUUUGUCAAAAGAUCCGUCGUUAUCUGAAGAGAAAAAAGACGAUGACACCCAGAUUUUAUCAGAGAGUGCAAGUUUUGCCAGUGCACGAAGCGCUGAAAAGAUUAAAUCUUCUAAACCAUCACAAGAUGAUGAAAUUGCUACUCAACCAUCAUCUGAUGUAACAAAAACAGUAAUGCUAAGAGAAGAACAUCGAAUUAAUGUGCCUUCAGAAGAUAUACCCGAAUCAAAAGUUUCCAUUGACAAUACCCUCCACAUAACCACGGAUGGAGUAUCAGAGCCUGAAAAACCUAUACAAUUGAAGAUAGACCCGCAACGUCUUGAAAAGUUAAAACAUGAUGUAACGCUAAUGAGUUCAAUAUUGUCGAGGAUAAUGAACAAUAUACAAGUGACAGAAAGAGAUAUAAUUCUUAAAUCUCAACUCAUGUCCACCGCAGCUAUAGCAACUAAAAGUCUAGAAAUUAUUAAUAGUCUAAUUACACCUUUAAAUGAAAUUCAUAGUAUAACUGAUGCCAUUAAGGAAUCCAUUGUAGAAUCAGCAGAAAUAAAUAAUAAUUUAUUUAAGAAGCUUCCCGAUUGUUUAAAAGAUUUCCAAAAAUCUUUAACAAUGGUUGAAAAAUGUGUUGAUGUCGGGAAUGAUAAGACAUUUAUAAAGAACACUUGCAUAUCAGUAAUUCAAAAAUGCGAAGAAGACAUUACUGAGUUUACUGCUAAAAUUAAAGCAGUAGCUGAAGAAGAUUUAACGUUUAUGGACGAUAAAUUUGUUUCCGACAUUUCUUCAUCAACUGGAGAAAUCCUGAAUGUAAUUAAAAUUGCUAAAUCUACAAUAGCCUCAAAAUCAAUUUUCGAUGAAGCACCUAAAAAAGGCGAGAUGUCAGUUGAUAUUCAACAUUUAAAUGAUACUCAAAAAGCGAUAUACGAUUUAAAAAUACCUCUAAACUCGUUAUUAAAUAUUGUUGAAAAUGCUUUAAAAAGUAUUGUUAUUAAUUCUAUAGAUAUAAAUAAUGCUGAAGUUAUUUUGAUUAAUAUGUCUGCAUCUAUUCAAGACUUACAAACAGCUUUGGAACAUAUUGAACUUCUUUCAGUCGAGGAAUCAAACUCCACAUUACAUAAAUAUAAUACAAAUAUCAUAGAGACCGUUAUGGGUUCUGUUUUGAAACUCCGAAGCUCAUUUGAAAGUUUAUCAAUGGAAAAAGAAAAGAGAGACGACAGAGAGGAGCUUAAAAAUGAUUUACAAUUAAUUAAAGAAAAUCUGAAUGAAAUUUCCGCUCAAGUUGAGCAGAUUGAAAAUAAAAUAGGCAGUUUUGAUAUAUUACAUGGUGAUAAUAAAUUAGAUGUCUUACAAAAAAUGGCACACAUCCUUAUAACAUUAGAAAAUAGUUUACCUUCACUAAAUUUACUACCUAAUGUUCAAAGUACAAUGACUUUAUUCCACAAAUAUUUAACAAAGGCGUUGGAAAAUGUUAUCGAAAGUAAUGAAACCUCCAAAUAUUUGACGUUAGUAAGAAUCUGUGAUGCUGUAAAUAGAAUUAAUGCAUCUAUUAAAAAUAUUGAAACAGGCAAAUUUCUAUCGUUAGCCAGUAUUGGCAAUAACUUUAGUAUUAUUGAAGAUAUAGUUAAAAACAAUAAUUUGAAUGCAGAUCUAAAUAAUGAAAUAAUUCUUAUUGUAAAUCAAUAUUUCAAUGAUAUACAGAAUAUAAUUACAUAUACUGAGGACGACAAUGUUAGAAUAGAUUUCGAAAGUGCCAAGGAUAUAUCUAAUAACUCGAGCCAUGUAGAAUCCAAAGCGGUUAUUGCCGUACAUCAAAUAGAACAAGCCAUAGCUGUAAUACAUAAAGUUGUUCCAGAAGAAGCCACAACCAAUAUAAAUACUAUUUAUCCAGUGUUAGAAAGUAUGUGUCCUAUAUUAGAAGAUCUAAAGUAUAGUAUCGCAUCUUUAAGAGUAAGCGAACAAGAACAUAACUCGCAUUUAUCAGAAAUGUCAGAACAAGAAAAAAUAGAAAUAUUUGGUAAACCAUUACGAGACCUACAUGAAAAUAUUACUAUUUUAAACACGUUACUUUUAGAAACUACUGAAGAUUCAAAAGCAAAGAGCGAGAUAACGGCUGUGGUUGCUGAACCAUUACAUGAAUUGCAUAAUACAUUACAGAUAUUGCAAGAGAAUGUUAUUUCACAAUAUGAGAGCUUAUCAUCUUUGCAUGCAAAUGUUGAUGUUGCAUCAACUGCACAAGUUCUUGAAAAUUGCUUCUUAAUUGUCCAAGAGCAACAUGAUGUAGAACCUGUUGAAGAAAUUUCAACACUAGAAGAUAUAUCUGGCAUAAAAACAACAGCUGAAUCAAUUUCAUCUGACCAUUUAAUACUACCAACAGAGAACAUAACAAAUGUAGAAAUAGCUUCAGAGACAAGACCACAAUCUGAAGUUUUUAAAGUAUUAAAUGUUGUUCAUGAAACCCUUGAUGAAUUGGAAGGUUCUGAAGUAAUCAAGGUACUUGAAACAUUAUCGGAGAUGAAUGAAUUUGCUUCUCUCAGGAAUGUCCCUGAAAGUAUUCUUCAGUUUAAUCGAGAAAUUCAAACAUUAUUGCCAUGCGAUACACAAGAAGAUUCGAUAUCAAAUUUAAAAUUAGAUUCUCUAACAACAAUAUCACAAACUUUGGAUAAUUGUUUGUCUGUAAUAGAAAACCAUGAUAUAUUGAAUUACCAAGAUAUUUUACAAAUAACACCAGAUAAAAUCCAACUUGUUUCGAAUAGUUUAUCAGAUUUAAAAAACAAUUUAGCUAAAUUCAAAAAUCUUAUUGAACACAGUCCAAAUAAGGGUCUAGAAGUAUCAAUGAAUACAGACUGUCUUAAAAAAUUGGGUGAAGACUACAAAAUGUGUAUAAAAGACCCAGCUAAACUGAAUUUAGUAGAAGAUAUUUUUGUUGAUGAUUUGAAAGUCUUAGAAAAUUCAGUUGAUAAUUUUUUGAUAGCGACAAAUACACCUGACUCCUUUAAAAAUUAUAAUAAUAUUAAAGUGGUAUCAGAGAAGCUUUACGAAGAUAUUUUAAAAAUACAAGAUGAACUUAUAUUUUAUACAGUUCAACCAUUAAAAACAACUAACCAGGAUAAUGAAAUCCUUAACAUUGUUAAUGAAUUGGCUAAUAAUUUGAAUGUCAUGCAGCCAUAUGUGACCGAUACAACUCACAUUUUUGAUAUCGAUUGUGAUUUAUUUCAACAAUGUGAUAUUUUAAAAGAACCAAACUCAUUGAAAGAUGUGGAAGAUGUUAUAAAAAUCAGUAUAGAAACUUUUAAAGACACAAUUAAACAAUCGCCAAUAUCAUCAGAUUUAAAAAAAGUAGAAGCGUUAUUUGAAAAUUGUAAAAGUAAUUUCUCCAUUUUACGUUAUUUACUUAAUCAGCCUCCCAGUCAGAAAAAAGUAAUUCGUUUGCUUCAUGAACAUUCUGUACUACAAACGGAUAUUCGUGAAUUUAAAAACAUCAAAAACAAUCUAAAUUUACCUCAAGAUACACAAACAUGUUUGGAUAAUUUCCUGGUUCAAACAGAAAAAAGCAUGCACAAAAUAAAAACGUCUUUAAUUAAAAUUUUAGUUUCGUUGUCGAAAACUUUAUUUAAAAAACCAUUACGGAAUAUUGAAGAAACGUUAGAAUAUCUCUCAAGAUAUCCUAUAGAGAUCUGUCCAAAUGAAUUACAUGAAGUUAUUCAAACUUAUUACAAUAUUCUUAAUAAUGCCCAUACACACUUGAUUAAUUUAGAAAUAAAUGUCUUACAAGAAAUGCAAGAGGAAUCUUUCUCUUAUAAAGAAGAUAAGGGAGGAGACAUGUUGAUAAAAAGCCUAACGAACUUUUUGGAUUUACUGGAAAUGAAGAAAGCUACUACUUCAAACGAGGAUACGAAAAUGAUUUUAAACAAAAUGUUAAUUUGCAUUCGUAAACACCAAGACUACAAAACUGCAACUGGAACAGGGAAAGACAUGAUACUAUUGAAAUGUUUGUCUGAUUGUUCCACCAUAUUAAUGAAUCAAUUAAUUGAAGAUGAAAGCAAUAAGUUAGUAACGAAAUUAACCGAUAAUGAUUCUUUACAAAAAGCUUUAUGUCAAUUUAUGCAACCAUUAGAGACUUUGCACUUAGAAUUGAAUAAAUUAAAAGAUAUAAAAUUAUCCAAACUGGAAGUUCAGACUAUCCCAGCAGAGACAUUGAACUCAAGUGUACAAACAAUUAAUCAACUUUGUCAGGCAAUUGAUGAAUAUGUUAUAUCUGAAAAUCUUGUUUAUGGAGAUGAAGAGUUGGCUAAGAAAAUCGAUUUGAAGCUAUUUUUAAUUCAGGAAAUUGUACAGACUCUACAAGGUACACAUGAUUUAGCUUACCUAAGCGAUGUUUCUACAGUCAUUGAAAACACAAAAGAGAGCAUAAACAAACUCUUUAGUGAUAAGAAAACGGGUAUUGAACACAAAGUUCCUAAAGAAAAAGCAGAGGCACUGCUACAGCAUAUGGAACAAUAUAUAGAAAUUACUGAGAUAAUAGAAGAAAUUUCAGCAAUAAUAAAUGUGAGUGAUGUUAAGGAAGCAAAAAAAAUUGCACAAGAAUUACGAGAAAGUAUAGCUUCUUCUGAAUUAAUACCUGAUACGGCUACAGAACAAGUUGGAUAUCACAUUGUAACUGAAGACCAAGAGAAUUUAGUACAACAGUUACAAAAAUCAUUAAUCGAAAUUCAAGAACAAGCUACUGAGAGUAUUGAUGGCCUGUCUGGCCAUAACAAAGAUGUGAAGAAACAAGUCAUUGAAGUUAUUAGCCAGUUACAGGAAGAUUUAAAUGAUAUUGCGAUUGCUCAGGCCCCUAUAGAAUUAUCAAAUAAAGAAAUAGAUGCCGAAGAACCAAAACUAAUUGAAAACGCUGAUUCGGGUUCCAUACAAAAUCGAGAACAAAAAUGUUCUGUUAAGCAACAUGAUGAUUUGGCUAAAGUCGUUGACACUGAAGAAAUCCAAUCUCGUAAUAAUGAACUUGAAUCAAACGUUCCACAAAAUAAUCAAGUGAUUGAACAACAACCUAACACCCUAGUCGUUAAAGACUCUACGGAGUGUUUAGAAAAUAUUAAAAUGCAACCCGACACAGAAUUAUCAGAAUUAUCAGAAAUGUUAUCGUUUGACUCAAAAAUUGUUACUGACGAUCACAAAGUCAUUGAAGUGUCUACUGAAUCUACAGAAUGUAAAGCAAACAUUGCUAUUCAUCAAAUCGAAGAAGCAAUUAUUGCUAUAAAUAACAUUCAUUUUGAAGAGGCUUCAAUUCAUUAUAAUGAAAUAUUUCCAGCAUUUGAUAGCAUUGGUCCCAUUUUAGAAGAACUUAAAUGCAAUGUUGCGUCAUUACAGCAUAAUUCUCAAGCUGGUGAUUCACAUACAUCUGAUAUGUCAGAUUUUGAAGUAGAACAAUUUUUCGCCGAGCCACUUCGUAAACUAAACGAAAAUAUAAGCGUUUUAAAUCAAGUAUUGAUGGAUUCGGUAAAGAAUUCUGUAGAAAAUAUGAAUGAAGUAGCAGGUGUUUUCGCAAAGCCCCUUCAAGAAUUACACAACACGUUAGAAAUAUUGCAGGAAAAUGUUAUAUCACAAUAUGAGAGUUUAUCAUCCUUACAUGAGAAGGUAAAUAUUGCAACAACAUCGCAAAUUCUACAAAGUUGUUGUUUAUUAGUCCAAGAGCAACAAGAAAUCGAAGCAGUUGAAGAUAUUUCUACAUUAGACGAUUUAUCAGCGAUGAAAACGACAGCCGAUUCUAUUACCUCUGAUGUACUAGGAGUAGCUGAAGAGGCAUUGGUAAUGGAAAAGGAAUGUUUAAUUACAGAAAAAGUAGAUAAAGACGAUGAAAAUAAACAGCUAACCCACACAAGUUUGAUGGAACAGAUUGAUAACGAAGCCCAUCAAGUCGUUACACAAGAAACAAAGAGUGAUAUUGAACUAUUUGAAAAACAAGACACAGAAGAAAAUAAUAUUUCAGAAUUAAACAAUUCUCCUGUCAAUGACCAAUGUAAAAAUAUAAUUAAACCUAUAUGUGAGCCAUCCACACCAGAUAAUAUUUUACAGAAUGAUACAACCACAGAAGAAAAUAAGGAGUGUGCAAAAUUAGAAAUGGAGUCAAUUAACACUGAAGAUCCUAAUUUAAUUAUUAAAAUACCUACAGAAGACACCAUAGAUUCCAUCCAGCAUGAAGUAGAGGUAAUGAUAAAUAAAGAAAUCGAUUCAGCAGAAAUACAACAUGGUAUUGAGCAAGAUAGCGCCGUAAAUCUAAGUACCUCUCACGAAAUUAAACUUGAGAAAUGCACCUCGGUUUCGGAAAAAAAUCCUGAAAUAUCUGAAGAUAUAAGUAAAAAUGAUGUACCCAAAAUAGACAUGACCAGUGAAGAAAUUUUAUCAGAAGACCAACAGAGCCAUGACCUUGAAGGUAAGCUCAAAGAUGAAAAUAUUAUAACUACUGAUGCAUCUUCUCCUACAAUAAUAUCACGAGAAAUGGUUAGUGAUAAUACAAAUGUGAAGGAAAAUAAUGCGUUAGAAGUAUCAGAAAAUGAAGAUGUUUCCUUAAGUAAGCAUGAAAUUGACACAAUAAAACAACAAUUAGACGAAGCAGAAGCGUUCCAACCAACUGCAAUUAAAUAUGAAGAAGUAAUAGAGAAUAUGGAAAUGUUACUUACUGACCUGAAACAAAACGUUGAACUAAGUACUAUAAGCAUAACUGAUAAUGUUGAUGUGCUACAAAAUAUACUGGACGAAUUUCAAAUAGAGGUGAUAAAACUUAAAAGUGAAAAUAACUCCGAAGUAAACGAUGCUCUCACUGAGACUCUAAAUGAUUUAGAGUGUAGUGUGAGAAGUGUUCAGCUUCAAGUGAGUGAGAAUAGUCCACCAGAGCAUAUAAUGGAAGCUAGCGCAACAUUACAGUUGUUGGUUUGUACAAUAAAAGAUGUUUUACAAGCUAACGAAAGUAGAGAGAUAGUUGAAAUAAAUGAAGAAAAUAUACUAAAAGGCUGUGUGGGUGAGACUGAAAAUACGAUCAUAUUAUUAGAUAAAGUAUCAGAAACAAAAAAAGGUGAAAAAGAUAUUUUGAAUAUAAUUAAGGGCCUUAACUCGAUCAAAGAAACUAUAAAAGAAAUAAAGCAAUGUUUUUCAGUGGAUGAAGAUACUUUAAUAGAUAAAGGAGUUGAUAUUUUACAAAACCUAGAAACGAUUGAAAAUCAAUUAUUUGCAAUUGAGAAUGAAAUUAAUAAAGUAGAAAACGUUGAUGUCACAACAAGGGACACAAUUGUCACUGCUGUACAUUCAGUUUAUACAAGUAUUUCAAACAUGAGGGGUACGAUAACGAGUAUUCAAAAACGAUAUAUUUAUCAAAAUUAUGGAAAGCCUUCUGAAAACAUUCUUAAUGCUAUAAAAAAUAUUAAUAAGUUAAGCAAAUUAGAUAAUAAAAAGAAUUGGAUUCAGGUUAGUAAAUAUCUUCGCAAGACGCUUAAUCAUUUUGAAGAUGUGAAGUUUUACAUAAAUCUCGAUAAAACAGCUAGAUUACCCAGUGAUGCGACGCUAACGAAAAUUGUCCUCAAUGAACUGAAAAUGCUUAUUACAGAUAUUAUACUUAGUAAUGUAACUGAACUAAAAAUACCGUUAAAAAAUGAAAUAAAUGGAGUUAUUAUAAAAGUUAACGAAAAAAUAGAAAACAUAGCUAAUCAAUCAAUUUUAGAAGUUAAAGAUAAAAUACCCAUUUUCAAAGAAAUAUCUUCACAAAUUUUUGAAAUUUCAAAACGAUUAAAAGAAUUUUACGAAUCUCAUUUUAGUCAUGGUAUACAUGCACCCUUUGUUAGUGGAAAUGAUGUUAUGUUGGAAACAGAGCAUAAAUUGAAACUUUUGGAAAUAUUAGAAAAUGAAGACGAGAGAUUAGUCGAAAAUAUACCAAAAGAAGCGCCUGCAGAGUCAUUGAUAAGAGGAUCUCUGAACGAAGGACAAUUAAGCGAAUCUGAGGGCGACCAACAGUUAAGAGAAAAUAUAGAACCACUUAUUGAUAGUCUAAUUGAUGAAGCUAUGGAUAAAGCACAAUGCUUGGAUAUCACAAAAGAUUCAUUAGAAACAAGAGCGGGUUCAAGAUCGAUUUCCUUUUUAGAUUUAAUUGAUCAUGAGACGGAGGAAAUAAACAUAGAAACAUUAGAUUUAUAUGAAACAAGAGAUGAAAUAGCAGAUGAUAUUCCUCCGAAAUCAGAAGAUAAAGAAUUGCAAGAGAUUGUUGAAAAAGAUACUGAAAAUGGCGAUAGUCAAUUAACAGCUGAAAAUCAAAGUUUAGAAUCAGUUUCCAAUAAUCAAAAUAAUACAAGCGAAUCUACGAUCCAAUUAGUGUUGGAAGAAGAAGCACAUAUAAUUGAGGAAAAUAAUAAUUUACCCAAUGAUCAACAAAAAAUUAACGAGAAUAUCGAAAUAAAACAAACAGUUGUUGAUGAAACUAAUAUAAUAACUGAAAGUUCAGUGCGCAAAAGUAAUGAAUUAACCAAAACUUUGAUUAAUUUAGAUAAACAGGAAAUUGGUAAUGGAGGCGAUAAUGUUUCAAUUGAACAUGCUGAUGUAAUAGUUGAUGAUAAGGGAGAACAAAAUAAAAAUGAGGCAAAAACGAUUACAGACCAAUUACUAGGCAAGGAUAGUAAAAGUGUUGAUGAAGAGAUGGAUGCAAGUAUGUAUACAGAUAUAAUAGUUAAAACUAAUAGCUGUGAAACCCAAGAAAACGAAAUAAAUACAUUGACAGAACAAAAACCUGAAGACUUGCCUUCUAAUGACUUGCAGUCAUUAAAAGUUGCAUUGGAAUCGCAAGAAAAAAAUCUUCUGAUUCCAAUUCAAAGUCCAACUGUCGAAGAAAUGUCAUCUAAGCAAUGCGCGGAAGUAACUCUAAACGAAGAAAUUGUAGACGCAGAUACAAGAAUUAAGGAUAAUACUGAAUACUCGGUUACUGACGAUGAAACUCAACAUAGUACAUUACUGAAUAAUAGUCAAAAGAAUGAAGAAGUGUCAAUUAUAAAUAUGAAUUUAAAUAAACAAGAUCAUAAGUAUGCUGAUGAUGAGUUUGAUCAUACUGAUGAACAAACUCUUAACGAUUUAAACCUUGGAAAUCAAUUAGAAAUAAAUAAUAAAACUGAUACAACUGAAAAAACAGAAACAAAUUUAAUCGAAGAAAAACAAGGUAGCGUCACAAAGGAUGAGAUCGUUGUGGAACUUGAUGUGGAAAAAGGAAAUAAGGUAUUUACGACUCAUUCAAAAGAUGAAGAAGAUACUAAAAAAGAACAUAGUAGCUUGUCCUCCUCUUUAGCACAUGAAGAAAACGAACAACAAAAAGAAGAAACUAAUUUGGAUCAUAGUAUACUUCAAGAAGAUUCAGAAAAUCAAAACCUUAAACAAUCUCUUCAAUCCCAAUUGACUAAUGAAAAGGAAAGUGAUGAUGGCUCACUUUGUUCUGAAAUAUCAGGCAUACAUACAAGUAAAAUUCUAACUGAGACUACAGCUGAGACGAAAAGCGAUGAAAUUUUAAAUGAGGUAAAUCAAAAUGAGGUAUCUUUUGAAUCAGAAAUUCAAGAUACAAACCAUGAUUUAAAACAAGUGGAAAAGAACGAAGAAACAAAUACCAAAGACAGAACAAUCUUUUUACAAACUGAGUUAUCAGAAACAAAACAAUUAACACAAAAAGAACAAGCUAAUAAUGCUUUAGAAAAACCGUGUGAAGUAAAUGACAAAAAUAAUGAUUCAAUAGAAGAACCACACACAAAAGACCACCCUCUAGAUAUUAGUGAUAUUACUCCCAAAACAGUUUCACCAGAUACACAAUCUGCGUUUGGCGAAACGUUACAAGCUGAUAUAUCGAAACAAGAUAAAGAUAAGUUAGUAAUAACUGACGAAACUGAUACUGUUUCAAAAAGUAAAGAUAAAGAAAACAUCAGAUUACAAGUACAAAAAUCUGAUGAUGAAACUUUAAAAGUUGCAUCAUCUGAUGAUAAUAAUAACGCUGGAUAUCAACUAUCAUCUCCUUUAGAAAAAACAUUAAAAUAUGAUAAAUUGGAACAAGAUACAGACAAGGCUGAAAAAGCAACCGAUACUGAUAGUAUUUUAACGGCAACAAGUAACGAAAAUGAAAACAUAGCCGAAUUACAAGUUCAUAAAUCUAAAGAUGAUAGUUUAAAAGUUGAUGAUAAAAUGAGUCAAGUAAAAGACAAGACUGAAAAAUCAAACGAUACUGACGAUAGUUUAUCUGCUACAAAUAAAGAAAAAGAAAACAUAGUUUUAUCACAAGGUCAUAAAUCCAAAGAUGAAAGUAUAAAGGCUGAAUUAUCUAUUGAAAAUAAUAAAGCUCCAGAUAAAUUAUCUCAUGUAGAAGACACAUUAAGAGAUGAUAAAUUGAAACAGGUCAAAAACAAACCUGAAAAUCCCAACGAAACUGAUGAUGGUUUAUCAACAACAAUCAAAGAAAAAGUAAACAUGGCGGAAUUACCAGGUCAUAAAUCUGAAGAUGAAAGUAUAAAGGCUGAAUCAUCUAUUGAAAACAAUAAAGCUCCAGAUCAAGAUUUAUCUCAAAUAGAUGACACAUUAAGAGAUGAUAAAUUGAAACAGGACAAAGACAAGUUUGAAAAAACCAACGAAACUGAUGAUGGUUUAUCAACAUCAAAUAAAGAAAAAGAAAACAUAGUUUUAUCACAAGUUCAUAAAUCUGAAGAUGAAAGUAUGAAGGCUGAAUUAUCUAUUGAAAAUAAUAAAGCUCCAGAUCAAGAAUUAUCUCAUGUAGAAGACACAUUAAGAGAUGAUAAAUUGAAACAGGACAAAAACAAGUCUAAAAAAGCCAACGAAACUGAUGAUGGUUUAUCAACAACAAACAAAGAAAAAGAAAACAUGGCGGAAUUACCAGUUCAUGAAUCUGAAGAUGAAAGUAUAAAGGCUGAAUCAUCUAUUGAAAACAAUAAAACUCCAGAUCAGGAAUUAUCUCAAAUAGAAGACACAUUAAGAGAUGAUAAAUUGAAACAGGACAAAGACAAGUCUGAAAAAACCAACGAAACUGAUGAUGGUUUAUCAACAACAAACAAAGAAAAAGUAAACAUGGCGGAAUUACCAGUUCAUAAAUCUGAAGAUGAAAGUAUAAAGGCUGAAUCAUCUAUUAAAAAUAAUAAAGCUCCAGGUCAAGAAUUAUCUCAAAUAGAAGACACAUUAAGAGAUGAUCAAUUGAAACAGGACAAAGACAAGUCUGAAAAAACCAAAGAAACGAAUGAUGGUUUAUCAACAACAAACAAAGAAAAAGUAAACAUGGCGGAAUUACCAGUUCAUAAAUCUGAAGAUGAAAGUAUAAAGGCUGAAUCAUCUAUUGAAAACAACAAAGCUCCAGAUCAAGAAUUAUGUCAUAUAGAAGACACAUUAAGAGAUGAUGAAUCUGAAAAACCUAAAGAAACUGAUAAUGGUUUACUAACAACAAAUACAGAAAAUGUAAACAUAGCCGAAUCACAGGUACAUAAAUCUGAAGGUGAAAAUUUAAAAGUUAAAUCAUAUGUAGAAAAUAAUACUACUACUGUAGAUGUUCAAUCUCAAAAAGAUUUGCAUCAACAAGAUAAUAGUAAUAAAGUUUUAAAUAAAAAUGGUGAUCAAGAAUUAUCUCAUUUAAAGGGAACAAUAACAGAUCAUGAAUCUCAACAAGAAAAAGACAACAUAGGAAAAAUUGAUGAUCUUGGUGAUGUUUCAACCGUAAUAUAUAAAGGAAACGAAGACUUGGUCGCACAGCAACUUCAUACAACUGAAGGUGAACCUUCAAAAAUUGUGUCACAAAAAGAUCAUUCUUGUGUUGAUAAUAUUACUGUAGAUGCGCUUUCUCAAAAAGAUAUGCAACAACUUCAAAAUAAUUAUAAGACAAGUGAUAAAACUGAAGAUCAAGAGUUAUCAUCUCAUUCAAAAGAAAAUCAGAUAACUGAAUCCGACGAAAAUAAAGAUAAUAUUACAUUUACUGGUAGCUCAAACGAAAAACAAACGAUGGAGGAAGAAAUUAAAGAACAAAGUGGAGAUAUUCAUAAGACCGAUGACGAAAACAAACAUACUAAAAAAAAAUCAAUAGACAAAAGAAAGGGUAGACGCAAAAAAGACGAAACGAAUGAAGAAAAUAGUGAAGAUUUUAUUAAGAAAGACAGUCUCGAUAGUACUCAAGGUGCAGAAACGGCCGAGGAAAGUAUUGUUGCUAGUAAAAUAUUGAAUGACGAUGUUACAAUAACAGAAAAUUUACUUAAAGAUGCGCAUAUCUCUGAGAAGGUAGAAUCAGAAGCGAUAGAAACGGGUUUCGUUAGUGAUUCUGUUAUGAAGGAUCAAAAACAUUUAAGCAAAAACAACGAUGAAAUUGUAACAGAAAAUGAAAAUCAGGAUUUGGUAAUAGAAAAACAAAAUAAAAUGGCAUUAGAUAAGGUUAAUCAAAAACCAGAGAUAAAAGAAAUACAAGAAAGCGUUAUCGAACAUACAAUUGAUAAAAACAAUGGUGCCAAAGAACAAAAGGGUAAAGACACUGUUGAAGGGGCGGAAUCCGAAAUUGAGAACCAUGGCAAAGAAAAGGAUGAUGGAAAAAAUAAAGCUAAGAGCGAAAAAAAGAAAUCAUCAUUAGAAAAAAAAGAGAAACAAAAGAAAUCAAAACUUAAACAAAAAGAAGUAACUUCAACAAUAGAGACACAAAACAAUAUCAGUGAUUCAAAAACAGACAAUAACAAAGCGCAGAUAGAAUCAGAUAAAGAUAAAAAUGAAACUUUUGAACAAAAAGAUAUUCAAGUAAAUUUGAAUAAUACCGAAUCAUCUUAUGAAGAAAAAGAAAGAGAGAUUUGUGGACAUAGCCAACGAUUGGAUGAAAUCAAACAACAUGUAGAUAAAACGACAUACGACAGAUCUAACGAAAGGGACAAAGUCCAAACCUCUUCUAUAGACAAGCCUCUUAUAAGAGACAAGCCCCAAUUCGUUGAUCCAAAUAUUGGAGAUCCAAGUAUGGAAUUCAGUAGACCGCCAUCAUAUAUGGGAAAGCCAUAUGAUUCUGACGCCAAUAAAUUAUUACCAGAAGUGAAUACAUAUAGCUCGACUUCGAAGGUAUUCUAUAAAGCACAAAGUCUUGUCAGAGAUCAUCAAUUGAGAUCACCUAGUAUAAUAGACACUGACACCAAUACGGACACAAAAGAUAGAUCCGAAUUACGGUUUAAAUCAAAAGCCUUGAGUGAAACGAGAAAUGUAUCUGAAAAAAGGAUUGGGUCGCCACGAGACCUAAAGAGGAAACCCGUAUUUUCAACACAUUUGACAAAUAGAACUGCCGUGGAGGGAUCAAGAGUUAAACUCACUUGCAGUGUUCUUUCUUCGACUGAACCUGUCUUGAAGUGGUACAAAAACGGAGUACCAAUAGAUGAUAAACAAAAAUAUAAAAUUAAAUUUGCUGAUGGACUUAUCACAAUGGAACUGCUUAAUGCAAUUCCAAGUGAUUCUGGCGACUAUAGCUGUACAGUUGAAAAUGAGCACGGAUCUGUAACUACUUCUGCAAAAUUGAAAGUUUAUCCGAGUUUUGAGCCUUCACCUAUACCACCAACAUUUACACGUUCAAUACGCGACAUCUAUCACGUUGCUGAGAACGAACUGGUAUUGGAAUGCAGAAUUAGAGGCCAACCGCUUCCUACAAUAACAUGGAUCAAAGAUAACCAGCCUGUAGGUACUGAUUCACGGUUUGAAGCCACUUAUUUAGCAGAUGGCUUGUGUAGACUCACUAUCAGUAAUCCAACUUCGGAAGAUAGUGGAACGUACACAUGCAAAGCUGAAAGUUCCAUGUGGACUGAUCAAAUAACACAUGUGGUACAGUUUAUUGAUAAAGAAAGCCGUAUUAGUCCGCAUUUAUCAAGUGUUGAUAAGUCACGCCACAUUCCAGACACACGUCGACCCCACUUUACAAAUGUUUUAAGUGAUUAUAAAGUAGUGAAGGGCGGUACAAUAGGUUUGCAAGUAGAAAUAGGCGGUGCACCGACAAGAGUUGAAUGGCUACGGGAAGGCUCAUGUGUAACGGAGCUUUAUAGGAACGCACAGACUUUUGUUGAUCAUGGAAUAUAUACAUUAGCCUUAUCUGAUGUGACUGAGAAACAUUCCGGAUUGUACACGUGUAGAGCGUGGAGUACUCAUGGAAACGUGGAUAUGAAUGCGGAUAUAACAGUGGUUCAGCCGAGUGAGGUGGAAGGGAAACCCGCUGUGAUAGUCAGUCGUCCCGCAAAAGAUGUACUGAUUUCAAUAGGGGAAGAUAUAAACAUUUCGUUUAGAGUUCAAGGAGAACCUAGACCCAAAGUAAUGUUCAUGAAGGGAAUCCGCGACAUAACAAAUAGUCAACGUGUUUGCAAAAUGACUUCUGAUGAUUAUGUCAAGUUUACAUUAAAGAGGUCUGUAAUAUCCGACGCGGGUACCUACUGCGUCCUCGCAAGGAAUGCGUAUGGUUGUGACAGAGCGUUUAUCACAGUGGUUGUAAGACAACGUGCAUCUUCUGAUAACCUAAUAUCCGAUUGGACGUACCCCAUGGAUGAUCAAGCAAUUGUUGCAUCUGAUCGAAAAUAUAAAUCCGUGCCCGGACGCAUACCAGGAGAGCCGAGUGCAGUAGACGGUGGCAACAAUUGGUUGACCCUCGCGUGGCCCAAGCCAGAUCCGAAUACCGCGGCUCCAGUCCUCGCCUAUAGAGUAGAUUCUUGGCUCUUAGGCAAAGACGGAGGAGCUCGUUGGGUGGAAAUGGGGAUCACACCACGAAACACAUUCGAUGCUUUCAAUUUAAAACAAGGCGAAGAAUAUCACUUCAGAGUUACUCCAAGGAACAGAUACGGAUGGGGUGAACCAGUGCAGACGUCUGCCCCAGUCGGAGUUGGCCUAUCUGGUGACAGACCAGAGUUUAUCGAUAUCCUACCUGGAUUGCUGAAAGUAUUGGUUGGUGAAACUGCUAAUUUAAGCUGCAGUUUUAAAGGAAAACCUACACCAGAAAUAGUAUGGAUGAAGAACGGUCAUGAGAUUGAAGAAAGUAGCAGACUUCGAAGCUUGCAAAGCGGGAAUAUUUGUUCGUUAAAAAUUCAAGAUGUAAAUAUUGAAGAUGAGGGUCGCUAUAGUUGUGAAGCGACUAACGUCCACGGUCGCGCUUCAACCUAUGCGAGAAUGACGGUUAUAACUGACAGACAGAUAUGGGAAGCUGAUGCUAAGCUUAAAAGGGAAAGGUCAGCAGAUGCGGAAGGUGAAUACCCUCCACAGUUCACAAUGCGCCUUAGAGAUAGACGUGUACAAGCGACCUACCCAGUUCGUUUGACAUGCCAAGUUAUUGGCAGUCCGACGCCAACUGUAACUUGGUUUAAAGACGGCCAAGAAGUAGUAAUUGACAGUCGCCGAGUAAAGUACCAAGAUGAGCAUUUUCACACAUUGGAGAUAGCUCCCACCACACUGGACGAUGGUGGUGUGUAUGAAGCUCUAGCUAGAAAUGGCAGCGGAGCUAUCAGUUGUCGCUGCAGUCUUGUUGUCGAUAAGGGCAUUAGAGCAUACGUUGCUCCGGAGUUCUGCUGUGGUCUAGAACCUUCUUAUCGACUGAAUGAAGGAGAGGAACUUCGCAUAUCCGCAAUAGUGGAAGCGUAUCCCUCAGUGGGAGUAACUUGGUACAGAGAAGGGGUCCGUCUCAGACCAAGUCGCAGGGCAGUUAUGACACUAAACAGGGAUGGACAAAUAGAACUAGCUCUGGCAUCUGUCACUCCUCGCGAUGCAGGAGUAUAUACUUGCACGGCGUCUAAUGAAGUAGGACAAGCGUCUACGUCUGGUAAAGUGGAAAUAGUAACAGGAGAAAGACAAGAUCAAAGGUCAUUGCCUACUGUUAUUUGUCCGGAUGUUCCGUACUCAAAGGAACCAAUGUUCUUGAAGAAGCCAAGGUCCACGGAAGCGCAAGAAGGAGACACAGUUAUAAUAGAGUGUGAAGUUAUAGGUGAUCCCACUCCUGAUGUGUAUUGGUUGCGUGAUUUCUUGAAGCCGGAUUACUAUCGCGAUGCUAAUCACUUCAAACAAAUGGCAGCUGGUCCGGUCUACCGUUUUGAGAUUCCUCACGCUAAAUUAGACUACACUGGUGCCUACUCCGUAGUAGCUAGAAAUGUACAUGGCGAGGCAAAGGCUAUUAUAUCGCUGCAGAUUUUCGCUAAGGAUCUGAGGUCCACUGAUGAUACACAUAAUAUAAGAUACGGGCGCGUAGAAGUAAUACCGCGUUUCGAGAAGGAGUUAACUGAUCUUCUGUGCUACGACGGAGACGCCGUGGAGUUCGAGUGUAGGAUCUCGGGCAAUCCAGAACCAGAUAUACGAUGGUUCCAUUAUAAUGAGGUGCUACCAGAUUGUCCAGACUUCGAGUCCACAUUCGAAGUAGGAACAGCAAGGCUCAAGAUAAAACAAGUGGCAGCUGAAGAUGAGGGCACGUACACUUGUGAAGCGUCUAAUAAUCUUGGAAAAGCAACGUCCAAAGCUUGCCUUGUUGUGUAUCCGCCGGGCGAGCCGAACACGCUCAGCCAGCGGCUCCAGCGCCCCCCCGCGCUCUCCUCCGCCGCAUCCACCCCGCGCUCCACGCCGCGCACCACGCCCGCUAGGUCCAUGUCGCGCACGCCUGGUCCAGAAGUACGCCGGCUCCGCAGUCCCACUCGUGAGAUAGCGCCCAAAUUCUACACUUACCCAUUCAACAAAGUGGUCGAAGAAGGUGAAACUGUCGUGUUCCAAUGCGCCGUCGGAGGUCUCCCACCACCUUGGGCCACUUGGGACAAGGACGGCAUUAUCAUAACACCGACUUCUCGCAUCAGUAUCAAGGAAAAGGACGAAAUGCUCAGGAUACUCCAGAUCGAUGAAGUUACGAUCGAAGACGUCGGCCUCUACAGGAUAACGCUCGAAAAUGACUAUGGAAGGGCAGAAGCGUCAGCGAGGCUGGAAGUUAUAUCGCACAAGAGGAAGUUCUACGGCGGAACGCGCUCGUGCAGCGCCUCCCCGCGCCGGAUGAUGAGCUACACGAGACGAACACCGUCCUACUCGAGACAAGACUGAUCGACGAUUGGAUGAAUGUCGGCCGCGGACUUCAUGUAAGUGCUUUGACUUGCUGCGAUGCGAAUGCGGGUACCCGUUUCUUGUUAUGGCGAAUUCUAGCGAUGCGACUCUCUUGACGAUACAAUCACUACAAUUAUUACAUCAUGACAUAUUUAUUUCAGGCCGAAGGUGCCGCGCGCGUGAGAAAUUUGUUUUCGCAUUUGUGUUUUAUUUAUAGACAAUGUAUAAAUAUUUAUUCGACUCGUUUUCUGAACGUCCAUAAUAUAUCGUGUUAUGUCCCGUUGCUUAGUUUGUUAAAUUGUUCAUGUUUAAUACUUUAUAAAUAUUUAUGAUUUAUCAUGCACUGACGUUGUCGAUGAUUCCAAAGAUAGGUAAUUGUUUUAUACACCGUUAUAAAAUAUAUAUAACUGAGUUGUUUAAUAGUUUUGUUAGAGAUAGUUGAGGAGCUCUCCCCGGGGUUUGUGAAAUAUAUUGUAUUGCAAGUUA